GAAACACACACCACUCCCAGAAUACUCAGGCACAGAGAUUCCUUCACCUUCACAGCAGCAACAACAACAGUACAGAACAUGGCUUUCAGGAGUGCGCAAGUGACCUUAACUUCAGUGCUAUUUCUCCUGUGCUUAAACCUCCUCACAGAUAAGAAGACAGCAGCAGUAAACAUUCGGGAGAAAUGCAUGUGCAUCACAGAGGCUAAAUCUGUGUCAUGGAGAGGCAUAAAGGACUUCAACAUCAUCGAUUCAGCACCUCUUUGCAAUAAAGUUCAGAUGAUCAUCAAUCUUGCGAGUAGAACUAUUUGUCUGGCUCCAAAUUCCAACCAAGGGAAGAAGCUGCAGGAAUGUUGGAAAAGGAUCAAAUUCAAUGAAAGAAAGAAGAAGAGUUGCCUGAAGUCAGGAAAAGUCAAACAGAGACCAAAGAAGCCAAAAGCAACUUAAAUGAGAAGAGUGAAUUCUUUAUCAGCAGACAGUUUUGUAUAAGGCUUUAUUUCUGUAAUGGGUUUUUCUGUAUUCAUCUUGUAACAUAUUAAACAUAUUACACUGAAAAAUAUGUAACCUGUAACAAACUGAGCUGAAAAACGCACAGACUUACAAUGUAACUUCACGUAUCAUUUAUUUACAGAAUUCCUUAUGAAAUGUUAUUUUAAUAGACCUGUAUUUGUAUGACCCUACCUCCAUCUAUAGCCAUACAUUUUUAAAAUCAGUCGAGAAAAGAAAAUAAAUGGCUGCCAUAUAAAAUAUGAACUAACCAGUCUGUAACAGACAAAAGGAAAUAUCAAUGAACAGAUAUACGAAUUAAAGGCUGUAUUUUUAAUUUUAA